AUGGUCAGCUACGAGAAUCCUUUCACUCUGGAUGCCGAAGACACUGCCUUUGAGGCAGCGGGGGCGCAGGCCAAUCUAGAGCAUCCAGUCAUGAACAAUUUGCACUUUGUGGUUCUACGCGAAGCAAUCAAUGACCGCACGGGCUCCAGAGCACUCCAGAAUCGCGCCCACGAUGCCCUCAAGUUUACUCGCGCCAGCUCCAAAGAGCUCCAAGCUAAAUUUGUUGAUCAGCUUCGCAAGCAUGCUAAAAACAAGGAGAUUGUGAGUGGUGGGUGCUCUCCGGGCUCGCGCUCAGCCAUCAUCGCCUCCGCUUACUGACCUCUUCCUUCCGCACCUCAGUUCGAGCACACUCUCAAGCUGUUUAAGACCAAGGGCAUGAAAGUCAGCGUGGAGGACGUCAUCGUGCAGGACGACAAAGGCAAGCCUGACUAUGCAUCCAUGACGACUCGUCUCUAUCAGUCGCAAGCCAGCAAGGUGCGUGCGAAUCGAAAAACAUGUGGAGGCAAAGAAGAGCAGAUUGUUGCAGAAGAGGAGAGAGAGACGGAGAGAGCGGGAUCUGAGGAGAGCACCCUGCGCAGGAGUUCGGGACGGCUCAUAGCUCACGAGCAAGCCUGUUCGCCAGAUCCACGUACAGGAGACCAGUUCAGACUACAUCCACAACCUCACUGCGUUUCUCUUCGGCGCUGGCUUAGUAGUGAUCUGUCAGGUGAUAUGGCAUACGUUGUCGUGGCAAAUGGUAAAGAAAUUCUUCGUGGGACUACUCAAGUUCUUGUUCAGGAACAUUCUAAGGCUGCUCCUGGAGGAAUAUUUUCCAGAGUUCGAGCACGACUGGCUAGAGUAUGAGGGCAACCGGCGCUAA